AUGGAUGGGGGAGAAGGGGGAGAAGUGAUUCCGGUCCCGCAUACCCCUACGAGCAUCGUUGCCGAGGAGGAGGAUGAGGAGAAUGGUCAGCUCGACAUGGCUUGGGAUGCAGCAGAGGAGGACCAGGCUCAGGUGGAUGAGGGGGUUGGAAAACGCAAGAGACCCGAAGGCUUCCAUCGUCGGCGUGAUGAGAGUCCCACCAUAAGGGCUGCCGAAUCCGAGGAGGGGGCGGUCACAAGUCGUGAACUUCGUCUCCUGCUAGGACAGCACAUGAAAGAAAUGAGGGAGAGCUGGGGCAGCAUCGAAGCCAGGAUUGCCGUGUUGGAGGGUGAGGUCAAGGGACAUAAGCGGGAGCUCCAUGCGAUCCAUACCAAACUCAAGGCCAGCGACCAGAGGACCCAGCAGAUCCAGGCCAAGGGUGAUGCCACGUCACGAAGAACUGAUGAGCUCGAGGGCAAGGUGCAGCAGCUUGAGCAGAAGUUGGAUGACAUUACUAAGGAGCGUGAGGAGCUCAAGAAGAACCAGCAGCCCAACCUUGCACUUGGAGGACAUGAUCCAUGGGGAGAGUACUUGGCCAAGCAGGGUGGAAAGCAAGGAGAGCGUGAACAACGUGGAGACGCUAGCAAGCAAAGCUCACUCAGCGAGGAGGAUCAACGAUCUCUCAUCAUUGGUGGAUGGUUACCAGAUACCAGGAGGCUUACCAUCGAGGAUGAAGCAAGGGUGAUCUUCGAGAACAACUCCUUCGAGAACCUCCUUGAUGGGACGAAACUCGUUAUCUUCGGCCCCCGCAGGAGCUUCGGCAUCCUUCGCUUCAAGGUGAGGGAGAACGAGGAUAUUGCAGGGGUGAAGGCUCGAAUGUGGCAAGUGAUACAAAAGGUUCGCGCGGAUAAGCACAUCCUUCCCUCCACACAGGGUGAGAACGAUGGGAAAACCAUGUGGGCUUCGUUCCUCAAGACGCCUGAAGCAAGGAAGCGAUCGGCCAUGUGCUCUCUCACCAGGCGGAUUGUCAUGCAACUGGCAUCCUGCAACAGGAAUGCUGAUGGCGAAGUCGUCAACCAAAACGCCAUGGCACCAGAAUGCUUCGACAUCGAUUGGGGGACAGGCACGAUUUGGAAUGGGGUGCUCAAGAUCGCCAGUGCUACGCAUCGCCGUGACAUCAACCGACAGGAUGACUACAUCAGUUUGUCGCAGGGGUGGGUAGAUCUACGUGCAGUCACGACGUUGACAGGGGCCAGUUGGACAGAGGCCAACGAGGAGACCUCUCUGCAAGUCACAAGCUGGAAUUUGGGUGGGCAAAACUUGGAUAAAGUUGCUGUUGCUUUGCCUACUACGGGUGUUUUCUUAAUUCAAGAAAUUGCAAGAGAUGAAGAAGGGUGGCGGGAAAAUGAGAGUGACACACACUUCUGGCUUCACCAUCGUCACAAAGAUCAUUGGCGAGGGGUUGGCAUAGGGGUGUCCUACGAGAUCUUUGACUCCGUCAUUGCAAAGAAGGGCACUCGCCGGGGGAUGGCUGCGCUGGUCAAACUUAAAGAUCGAGGGCGCAUCGUGCUCGGGAGCAUUCACUGCCAUACUGGUGUGACAAACAAAGUAUACCAACAAGCAGUGGACGAAUUUUGGCAUGAGCUUGGGGGCAAAUGGCGGCACCGCCCGGCGGUCAUUGGAGUCGAUGUCAAUGAGCAGCUACGGUGGAGCCCCGAUGAGAUUGGUGAGAAAGGGCAGGCUUCUGUGGUGGCUGGGACGGCUAACUUGAAUCACAUUCUUGCCCGAAGUUGCAGUGUGGGACUAUCUUUCUCUCCUCCGAUUCCUGCUCAUCGCACGUUGCCAACGCACUUUCCUCGAGAUGAUGAACGUGAGGGGCGUCAAAUCGAUGCAGUGAUGGGACGAAUGGUCUCGUUGGGGGAAGUCGUUGUCAACUCUGAAGCUCGACACAAGAUUGGGACCGACCAUGCCGCUCUUCAGUGCUCGUUUCUGCUUAAACGUCACGCUCGUCGUUGGCCUGCGGAUUCUCGGGCACGGUAUGUCAAUCGUGAUCUACCUGAUGCCCCCCUUGUGGAUGCAAGUGACAUUGAGAAGUUGGCUCGGCACUUCACUGCUCUGCGUCCUGGCAAAAAGUACAAGGACCCACCCGAGGUACAACAAGCCAUCGAAGCUGCUCGUGCAUCUGGGGAUAAAGCAACGUGGAAACGAGUUCAUCGACUCAGACGGCAGGCUCGCCGGCAGUGGGAAAGGGAAAGACUGGCAGGCAUUCUUCAAGGAGAUUGGUGUGCCUAUCGCGCUAGGAAACUUGAAAAGGAAAAGAAGUCAGGAUGGUGGGGGAGGAUGCUCGACGGGAGAAGUGAGGAAGAAAUUACGGUUGAUGGUACACAAGCACUUGAGCAGCAAGAUGUGUGGACCUGA